AUGACAGGAAAAGGCGAACCGGUUCGCGUCUUGAUCGCUGGCGCAGGCAUCGCCGGUCUUGCAACGGCUAUAUCGCUAACACGCAAAUCGACCAUUCCAAACUUGGAUAUCCAGCUAUAUGAACAAGCCCCGGAGCUUUUGGAAAUCGGAGCGAGCAUCGCCCUCAGUCCAAAUGGCAUGCGCACACUGGAGAAACUCGGCGUACACAAUGCUCUAUCAGACAAAGUCGGGUUUAGAGGCCCAAGUGGAAUCCCGCAGAUAUUCCGCCACUGGAAAACGGACCAAGUGGUGUCCACAGACACUCACACCAACGUCUCUGAUCCCCGUCACCAUACUACCCGCUUCCACCGCGGCCAUUUGCACUCGGCUCUGCUCGAGCAUGUCCCCAGAGAGUCAAUCCAGUUGGGUAAACCGAUUGCGCGUGCGGAAGCGGACGAGGCUGGGGUUUCGCUGUACUUCGAGGACGGGAGUAGUGCCCAUGGAGAUAUCCUCAUUGGAGCAGACGGGAUUCGAUCGAGGGUUAGACAAUCCUUCAUCCCGGAUUAUAAGCUACAAUUCAGUGGGAAGGUAUUCAUGAGGGCGACCUUUGAUGCCUCGUUGGUCGAAGGCAAGAUCCCUGAUUUGCCUGCUGAUUCCAUGCAUUGGUGGGGUCCUAACGAUACCUUCUUUGCGUCUCGACUUGGGAAGAACCAGUACACCACCGUUGGUACAUACGAUGACCCGCGAUCAGCAGAGGAGGUGGAGAAAAGUAUUGCGUGGGAUCAACUUGGAAGUGUGGAGUUGUUGAGACAGAGGUACAAGGACUGGAACCCCACAGUCAAAGCUCUAGCAGGGCUCACACCAUCCACAAAUCUUUAUCCCAAUUUCGCGGGAGAUGCUCUCCCAAACUGGGUCUUGGGGUCUCGAGUGACUCUAAUCGGAGACGCAGCCCACGCUCACGGCGGUGCCUUCGCAGCCGGAGGCUCGCUGGCACUAGACGACUCCCUCGCUCUCGCCCUUGCAUUUAAAGAAGUAUUCGCUUCGAAGAAUGCCACGUUCUCGACUAGACAUAUCAACAAGGCCUUGGGGCUGUACAGUCGAACUAGGCAGCCGCAUACAGCUCGGUUGCUGAGUAUUGUGCACAGCCAGAUCAACCAAAAAGGGACUCUUUUUGCAACACCCGAAGAAGAGGAUGCUGCACUUGUUGCUCGACUGACGGGCAGACCGUAUACGGAAUGGCUAUCGGAACACGACGUUGAAGCCGCGUUCAAAGUCGUUGUUGAACUGGAAGGGGCGCAGCGACGGGAACGCCUUGCCGAGUCGGAACCAAAGAUAGCUAGAGAGGUUCAGCUUCAGGGAAGCAAGUUGUAG